AUGGGAAAACAGCUGCCGAAAGCACAAGCGCGUGCACCAAAGAAGAGCAAGGCAGGUAGCAGGGGUGGCGAUGAAGAGGUGGUAGCAAAUCCAUCGCCUCCUACGAGGAGACCACUCGGAGAAGAAGAAGGUUCUGAUGACGACGCAUUUGACGAGGAAAUGCUACUGGAAGCCGAGCACGAUACCACCGGCGACGACGACGCGCUGAUGAUCGAGACGGACGUUGCUGAACAAGCAGAUGCUCCGGUAGUCGCCCCUGCCGCAUUAGACGAUGGCCUGCACUUUGCGCCCGUCUCUGCAGCAGCCGCACAGUCCGUGCAGAAAUCGCAAACGCGCAAGAUUGCCAUCCCCCCGCACCGCAUGAGCCCAUUGAAGCGUUCGUGGCCCAAGAUUUACACGCCGCUUGUGGAGCAAGCAAAUUUGCUUGUGCGUAUGAACCCACGCACACGGUGUGUCGAGAUCAAGACCUCGAAACACACCGACGACUCCGGCGUCCUGCAAAAAGCAAGUGACUUUGUCAAAGCGUUUGCGCUUGGUUUCGAAGCGGACGAUGCACUUGCAUUGCUCCGUCUGGACGACUUGUACGUAGACUCGUUCGAAAUUAAGGACGUCAAGACACUCCAUGGCGACCAUCUGAGCCGUGCCAUUGGGCGUAUCGCAGGCAAAGACGGCCGUACGAGAUUCGCAAUCGAAAAUGCAAGCCGAACACGUAUCGUGGUCGCAGAUACCAAAAUCCACGUACUCGGUGCGGUGCAAAACAUCCGCAUCGCAAAAGACGCUGUUGUGUCGCUCAUCAUGGGCAGUCCGCCUGGAAAAGUAUACGCAAAGCUUCGCACGAUUAGUUCGCGGAUGCGACAGCGUGCAUGA